AUGGAAAACAAAAAUUUAUCAAUAUAUUUGUUAAAUUUUGUGACAAAUGCUCUAAUAAAUUUCGAUCAUGGAAUAAUACCAGCAUGCACAACUGAUAUGAAAUUCGAUUUGGGCAUAGAUGACAUUGGAGUACUAAUUUAAAUUUAAAUCUAAUUUUAGUUAGGUUUGAUGGGGUCAUCAGUUUAUGGAGGACUUGUAAUAGGUUCAUUUUUAGGCACAGGCAUAUUUAGCAAAUUUAAAACAAAGCGUAUAGUUACAAUCAGCGUAUUAUGUUGCAUACUAAGUUUAUCUCUAUUUAUUCUAACUAAAAAUAUAUUUCUCCUAUUUUUAUCGAGAUUUUUAACAGGAUUCUUUCAAGUACGCAAUAUUAAUUUAUUUGGUGUUCCUAGUAGUUUUUUUCCCUGUUUGGAUCGACUUAUUUGGUGAAAAUAAG